UCUGCAAACACCCAGAAACCACUGUUAAAGGCUGUGGACUGACACCUCACCGCAAAAUGAGUGAGUAUUUUAAUGGGACUGUGUUCGUGGAACGUCGGUGGUCAGAGGCAGAGAGGUGGCUGAUGGUGGCUGUGUUGGGCCUGGAGAUGGUCAUGGGAGUUGUGGGAAACUGUUUUGUUCUGCUGGUCAAAGUCAUGUGCAGGGGUCAGUUCACCUGUCGUUAUUGGCUUCCUUUCAUCAGUCUCACCUUGUCAGAUUUAGGCUGCUCCUUCCUCAUCAUCUCCAGCUCCCUGUUGGCCAUUUUGAAAAGCGGUCAGAGGUCACCGUGGUGUGAGAUCGUCAGUCUGCUCAAGUUUGCCUUCAUCACUUCCUCCAUAGGGAGCAAAGCUAUCCUUUGUGUGCAACGACUGAUUGGCAUUGGCUCCACAGAAAGUGCUUACUUUGUUGUCAUAGUGACAGCCUGCUUGGCUUCUUGGGUGACAGGAAUGGUGUUUGGGAGCAUCCCUGUCGUCUACGCCUGGAUCAGGUAUGACCCUGCAGAGAUGCUGUGUGCUGUCUUCUGGGAGAACAGCUACUCAGACAUGUUGGUCUACAUUCUCUGUGCCAUCUCAAUCUGUUUCUUCCUCCCUUUCCUCCUAAUCUUCGUCUGCUCCUUACUAAGUGCCACCGGCUGCCGCUCGCGGUCAGACCUGUCUGCAGUCACUCCUCUGCUGGUGGCCUCCUUAAUGCUCUGCUACACUCCCUUUGCUCUGUCUGAGCUGAUCCUCCUGGGCAGGAUGGACCUGUCCCCAGCACCUGAUUGGUUAAGGACGCUGUCAUCAGUGAUGUCAUACCUGGACUGUGGUCUAAAUCCUCUUAUUUACUGCUGCCAUCAAGACUUUAGAGAGGCGGGCCUGGCCCUGCUGUGGACCAAUAGGAAACCACAAUCAGAACCUGUCCUCACUUCUAUCACUAAACAUAACGUGUAAACAGGUAAUGGGUUCCACACUUAUUCCCCAGAAACUUCAAGAAC